CAAGAAGCAUAAACCAUGUCCAUGAUCUGAUCCAAGGUCGGCCCAAAAAGCCCAGGGGAACAAAUUCAGAUGCUGAUUUGGCCCAACUCAGCCCAAAGCAAAGGGCCAAUCUUAUCCACCCCUGACCAGUCAGAACCGGCCAAGCAAGGUGGACGUCUCUCAAUUGGCCUCAAAACUCUACCAAUAAGAAAGAAGCACGCUAGUUUCAGCCUCAACAACAACAAAUGAUCAUGUGACACAUGGCAUAUAAUUUUGCUAUAAUAGAGCUCUUUGGGCUCUUUGUUUGGGACGGCUUUUGAGAGGGGGAGGAGAAAAAAAGAUAGAUCACAAUUUAGAGAGUGAAAUGAUCAUCAUUUUUUGGGAAGAUCGGAGCAAGAUCAACUUUGCUUUUAGUUACAAGAGCGUUAUGCACUCAAAGAAGAACAAAGAUCAGGCUACUUGAAUCUACGGUUGGUGAUUUGUACCUUGUAUCUCUAUUUUGAUAAUAACAAAUCUCUUUCUUUGUUCAUCUCUGUGUUGCUCUCCUUUUAGUGAAUAUUGCCUACCUUCAUUAAUUUAUUGUCGCGUUCAUCAAACAUACAAUUUCCAAUAUAUAUGGCGGUGCUUUCGAUGCACUCACUUUUUUAAGUGCACUGAAUGCACCCACUUUUUUUUCCCAAUCUUGACCGUUGAAAAUAUCUAACGUUUCACAAUAAUUUGUGUAAUAAUUAAUUAACUAAUAAUAAAUACAACAAUAAUUAUUAUAAACAGUAUUAACUUAUUUAUAAUUGCAAUUGAGGCCCUCAUUAAUAUCCGCUAGUGGACGCUGAACCCGUAGCCCGCCACUUCCCUCCUCUUGCACGACCUCUCCAUCAAGUUGUGCUGGAUAGCAUCCUAGUGCCAUAUAUUUUGUUCCAAAUGACUCGUGAAACCUCUAAAUUGUUAGAGCAGAGCCAACUGAAGGUGUUAUUUUCAUGAAUAGGUCAAACAAAUGGAUCAAGCUAUAGUUUCCUUGUCCUGAUCGGGCAAAGCAUAGCCAGGGGCAGUGUAAUGAUAAAUUUGCUUUUCGAAUUCCUUCCCCAGCAAUUGUAUUAUUUGUAUAAUAAAGUGGGAAGAAAUUACUAACUCCCAACAAAUUCAGUACUAGAGAAUCGAUCGAGGUUAAUUAAUUAAUAUGUCUGCUACUGACGACAGAGUCGGAGCGGAAGUCGGCGGCGGCGUGGAUAUGGAACUACUUGGGUUGGUAAGCCGGUACGAAGCAACCAAACACCCAGAGAGCCGAGAUAUGAUCCUCUCGUCGAUUUGCCAACACUCAAGCCUCCACCAACCGCAAGCGCUCAUUAAUUAUCUCGAUCCUCCAAGCAGCGAUGCCGUUUUGGAAUCCGAUGACAGCGACGACUAGAUGGAUGAUGUGGAAGAAGAAAAAGAAGGGGAGGAGGAGUUCAGGUAUGCAAUAUUCGAUUGGGACAGUGGUUUGUCAAGGGUGGUAGUGCUGACGGCAGAAGAGCUCCGGCGGCGCGGCCGCACAAUUCUUCAUAUGGGAAGAAACUGAUAAUUGAGGAAAUGAAAAAUAAUUCCCUCCUAUUGUUUUAUUAAUUUCAGGGAGGAAUCAAUAUGUAUAAUUGGGCCGAAGAAUUGAUCGUCUCUUUUGUGAGGGAGAAAUGGAGAGGUCUCUGUUGGUACGAGGAAGAAGAGGGGUUUGGAAAACAGGGGAGAAGAAACGUGGAAGAAGAGGGUUAACAUUAGGAGUUUAAUUGCAAUUAUCAAUAGGUUUAAAUUAUUUUAAUAAAUAAAAUAUAGUUAA